AUGGAAUUCUCUUACCGCAGAUUGCUGCUACAGAACGAGGACGUUCCAAUCUCCACGUCCAUCCCUCCUCUCCCUCAAGCCAAACACGCCACAAACGCGUCCUCGCCGCCAGAGUCCUUCGGAAGCCCUCUGGCAGUGUCCAUUCGUCCGGUGUUCACAUCGAGCGUGGCCUACGUUUUCCUCAUCCUCUUCACCACCUUCUUCUUCAUCGGAUUCGUGUUUCUCUACUUCCAGCAAAACUCCUCCACGUCCUCCUCCUCCGAGAGGGGCGACAUCCGCCGCCGCGUGCCACAGAGAUCGGCGGAGGAGUCAGGCGCUGGGAAGUCGGUGGCGGUGGUGGCGCAGGAGUCGAGGGAGGGGGAGUGCGCGAUAUGUCUGGAGGAGGUGGGAGAGGGGGAGGUGGUGAAGAUGAUUGCGUACUGCAGGCACGUGUUCCACGGAGAGUGCAUUGACACGUGGCUGGAGAAGCACGUGACCUGCCCCGUGUGCCGGUGCUGCUGCGAGAACUGUGGAGAGGUGGAGUCGGUGACAGUGAGAGGAGGAGGAGCAGAAGAAGAAGGAGAAGUGGUUUCCGUAACAAACUUGGAUUAG